UUGGGUCUUGGUUCGAACAGUUCUCAUUCCAUCCCUCGCUUCACGUUCGUGGAUGGAGAGAUUAAGGGGAGAAAUGGAUUAUAUAGUAAGACUGUGGUGAUGUACUGGGUGUGAAUUUUGGAUUUUCGUGAAGUUUUUCAUGCGUAGGAAGAAACUGCAUUAAAAGGAAAGGAAAAUUUCGUGGAUUAUUCGGAGUGCGAUUUGUAUGGCUCCUUUAGAUAUGAUGAACCAGUUGUGCAAAGUUUGCGGUGAACCAGCCGCGGGCUACCACUUUGGCGCUUUCACAUGUGAAGGGUGCAAGUCUUUCUUUGGGCGCACAUACAACAAUUUGGCAGCGCUAGGAGAAUGCAAGAACAGCGGACAGUGUGUCAUCAACAAGAAAAACAGAACGGCAUGCAAAAGUUGCCGGCUAAAGAAGUGCCUACUGGUGGGAAUGUCCAAGAGUGGCUCUCGUUAUGGCCGUCGAUCAAAUUGGUUCAAAAUCCAUUGCCUUAUUCAAGAUCAAGCUGAAAUGACUAGUAGACUAGCUGAUCAAGGAGUCUUAGCCAACAACCAUUACGAUUCGAAAGAUAUGGUACAUCAUUUUCGCUCUGAGUUCAGUGACGUAACUUUGCCCACGAACGGACACUCAAAUAGAGGCUCCCCUUCUUCUGACCCAGGUACAAUGGAGACAACUACAAGUCCAGUGUCUUACAACUUUUAUCCGUCCAAAAGUGCAACCAAUGGCUAUUCUAACGGGUUUUCAGGGUAUGAUACUAGCAGCCCGACAUACGGGGAAAGGAAAGAAAAUGUGGCAUUUCAACAUCAUCACCAUCUUCCACUGUCCCCAGUGUCACCUCUUCAUCCUAGUAAAUUUUUCUUCCAUCCAGCUAACAGCAGCUUCUUUGCUAAGAAUUUCAGUUCCCUACCCAAGGUUUUUAGCCCAGAGAUGAAUUAUUCACCUCCUCAUCGGUUACUAGGAGUACCCCCGAGUGGAGUUUUGAGUAGCCCUGUACUCAGUCUUCCGCGUGAUGGACCUCUGGUUAAUACAGAGAGCUUCAGAGACGUUCCAGAACAGGAUACUCCUAUCGAUUUGUCUGUUAAAAAGCCAGAAACACCUAAUUCUGAUGCUAGUGCCGAUCGUGUGAAUGGUAAUGAUGAUGAUGAGUAUAUCAAUAUGGACGACAAUGAAGACACUGACCAGAUGCCAGUGAGAGCAGAAACGCCUUUAGAUUUAACAUCGAAAAGAGCUGUUUCAUGCUAAAUAUUUGUUGCUUAAUGAUUAUUGUUGUGUUUUCGAAAACUUUGUUGUUAUGUUUCAAAGUACUAUUCCUAGAAGAAAACAGUUGUCGAAGGUAUAAAUUAAUAGGUGCUACUGGUUAACGAUAGGCAAUCAUGAACUUGAAAUUUGACGAAGUGACUCGUCAUUUUGAUACAGUAUUAAAUGUCUAAAAUUUUGUUUAUCAUCUACGCAUGCGGCCAGUUCAGAUGUGAUUUGACUCUACUUAACUUAUGUAUCUAACCACCACACGAUGGUGAUGUAAGUGCCUAACUAAGUCAUAAAAUGCUUGUGAUUAGAAACGAAGCGAACAAUCUGUAUACAUGUAUCAUACUUUCGAGACGAGAACAAAAACUGCGUUUUUGUACACGAAACCCACCUUCUGCAGUAGCAGUUAU